AUGGCGUGCUCUUCAUCCAAGAACUCAGGCGCUGCUGGCGGACGCUGCGCCGACUGUGCCUGCGGUGCCGCUGGCGCUCCCUCGUCCAUCAAGGGCACUUCCGUCAAGCUGCCGGCCAAGGCCAACGCCAAGUCCGAGUCCACUCCCCUCCUCUGGUCCACGUCGCCUGCUGUGGACGCCAACUACCAAGCUACCACGCAAGAGACUAACGGUGUCGCCUCUUCCUCGGCGUCCACGCUCAGUGCUACGCAUGAAUGCCCCUCCACUGCCGCCCAGCAGCACGACCCCACGUUUGUCUGCUGCCGAGACGUCGUCGGUGCGGAUGAGCGUACAUUGAUCGACCCCGACUUUGCACGCGACUGCAUUGUCGGUCUCAGCGACGGUCUCACGGUUCCUUUUGCUCUCACUGCCGGUCUCUCCUCCACGGGUUCGACCAAGCUCGUUGUGCUUGCCGGUCUUGCCGAGCUCGUCUCGGGCGCCAUCUCGAUGGGCAUCGGAGGCUUCCUCUCGGCGCAAGCAGAGCUCAGCCAUUUCGCGUAUAACCUCAAGUCGACUCAGCAGCGCGUCGAGCGUUCGUGCGGCACCGAGGUCCAGCGUCAAGUGCACGACAUUCUCAAAGGAUACGGAAUUGCUCCCGACACGUCGGCGCAGAUUGCUGCCGAACUCACCGCAAAGGAACAAGCUCGUCGUCAAGCCGAGCAGCUCGCCGCUCUGCAGCAGCAGAAUCGCAGUUCGAACGCUUCGCGGCGCAAGCUCUUUGGCUGCAUCUCUCUGCCCUUCUCUUCAACUGUCUCGUCCUCGCUCCUUCCCGCACAGAAGCGCACCAACGACGGUGAUGAAGAAUCCCAGCAGGUCUCCGCCGAUGAAGACCUGGAGCAGGCUGGCUUGACACCGUUCUUGCUCAAGCUAGGCGAAGGUCUCGAGCCUGUCAGCACAUCCCGUCUCUACAUUUCGGCGCUCACCAUCGGCCUGAGCUACUUCAUUGGCGGCAUCAUCCCUUUACUGCCUUACAUGAUUGUGCAGGAGGCGAGCCGGGCGCUUUUUCUCUCGGUGAUUAUUACUGGUGUGAUCCUGUUGGUGUUUGGCGUGGUCAAGCAGCGCGUGACGGGUGGCGAGGGUGGAUUCAAGGGCUAUGCGUAUGGUGCUGUGUCGACGCUGGCGGUAGGCGGUGUGGCUGCAGGGGCUUCGUGGUUGCUUGUGGGGCUGCUCGAAGGUGGGGGUGAUGCAGGGGGUAUCUAG